AUAUACAAAAUGGCGAACGUAUUAAAGCUAGUUGUACUAGCUGCUUUGAGCACAGGAGCCAUGUGCUACAGGCAAAAGUCACCUGAGGUGACCACAGAAGCAAAUGCUAAUGUGCAGGCUCACGGUAACACAGAAACUAUACACUUCGGAUCGUACCAACCCACGGAACAUCAAUUGGAAGUGGCUAAGCGUACGAUAGCAAAUGAAGAAACCAGGGAGACCAUGAAGAAGCUAGUUGAUAUACUGCGCCAAUCAACCCCCGACAGCCAGACACAGGAAACCAUUGACGAUUACACCAACGAGUUUGAAAAUAAACCUGUAGCCGAUGCGGCAUUCUCCACCGGAGAGAAGGAAGAGGAGAACGUACCUACAACUGAACAACACGAAAUCCACGAACACUCUCACAAUGAGCAUCACUCCAACGAGGCCUUGGAUGUAGUUAAGCAAAUGUGCGACCUCCUGCUAAGGAGCCCCGAGUACAUGAACCUGUGCAAAAACACAGCAGUACAGGAUAUCAUCCUCAAGCACCCGAACGUACUGGAUGAAGCAUACGAUGUCAAAAUAGUUGGUCAACAUAAGGAGCCCACUAACGGAGAUGUAGUGUCAGACUACAAGGAUAACCAUAACAUAGACCAAAGUAUGAGGUAUGUCAUCGGUAAAAUAUGCGUAGGACCCCUACCAGCAGCAUGCCAGAAAAUAUCUCAAUCUUGAGACUUGUACUCCAGUGAUGAUAACCAGUCGAAGAUGUAGGCGUAGCCCUCUAACAACAGUGCUACCUGGAAUAUACGGUAUUCAGAUCCAAAGUGCGAUAGAAUGUCGAGGCCAGUAGAUUCCAGUAACUGCACAUAUAUGAUGUUGUACAUCGUAUCUUACCUUGCAGACAUUGUCAUGGGUAACGGGAUUGAAUUUGGGAGAUACCUUGUCUAUCAAUGGGACGUGGCGAUUUAUAGAUAAGCGCCCAUGGCACUCAAAACUAUCGAAUGAACAACUAGGACGCUGGUCAGCGUCAAUUUGCAA